CUCCUCGCUUUAUGCUAUUUAUAUAUAUAUAAAGAUUAUAUAAUCUAAUUCCUUUAGACACAAAUACAAGCUUUACUCUUUAUAAAUUUUUCAACUGAAAUGUAAAACUUGGUUAAUAAAAAUCUCUGAAUCCAACGCUACAUGAUAUCUCAUAUAGAAAUGAUGAUUUUUCUAUUGAACUAAUCUUUUGAUUUUUAUAAAUUUGUUAGGAGUAACAUACUAAGUAAUAUGAAAAUGUUAAAAUUUUAUAAUAAGGAGAGAAAAAAUAAAAUUAAAACUAAAAAAGGAAAAGGAAUUAGAGAUUGACGUAAAGAAGGAAUAAAUAAUUGGGGAAACAGAGAGCAUAAACUUUUCUUAGAAUGCAUUCCCACUUCGCUUUUAUUCUCUUUAAUUUUGUUUUCAAAUCCAUUAACAAAUUUGACAAGAAAUAGCAAAAGAAAAAAAAUGGCCGACCUCCAUGGAAGCAGAAGCCAACUGCCGCUCCUCCAGCAGCACAAAGAGAAGCAUUUCACCGCCGGCGACAUCGUCCGCGACAUAAUCAUCGGCGUCUCCGACGGUCUAACCGUCCCCUUCGCUCUUGCCGCCGGUCUAUCCGGUGCGAAUGCUUCCUCUUCCAUCGUUCUCACAGCCGGAAUCGCGGAGGUGGCGGCGGGCGCCAUCUCCAUGGGACUCGGCGGAUAUUUAGCGGCGAAAAGCGAAGCGGAUCAGUACAAGAAGGAGCUGAGGAGAGAAGAGGAGGAAAUCGUUUUAGUUCCUGAUACUGAAGCUGCAGAAGUGGGAGAUAUAUUGGAGCAAUAUGGAAUAGAACCACAUGAAUAUGGUCCUGUUGUUAAUUCUCUAAGGAAAAACCCUCAAGCUUGGCUUCAUUUCAUGAUGAGGUUUGAGCUAGGAUUGGAAAAGCCAGAGCCAAAAAGAGCCAUACAAAGUGCCCUAACCAUUGCCAUCUCCUACAUAUUGGGAGGGUUAGUACCCUUAAUUCCGUACAUGUUUUUCCCCAAAGCCUCAGAGGCUGUUCUUGCAUCUGUUGCCUUAACUUUGGUAGCACUCUUAGUUUUUGGCUAUGCCAAGGGUUACUUCACCGGCAACAAACCCUUCACCAGCGCCGUGCAAACCGCCCUCAUCGGAGCCAUUGCAUCAGCGGCCGCCUAUGGCAUGGCCAAGGCCAUCCAACCACGUCAACCCUAGCUAAUUAUAAAUAAUGGUUCUUCAUAUAUGUUACUCUACCAUAAAGUAAUUUAAUUUACAUAUUCAACUAUUGUGUAUACACACACACACACAUAUAUAUAUAUAAAUAAGAGCUCAUAACUUAUGAAGCUUUUGUAUGUGUCUUGUAUCUAUGCUAACAAUAUUUUCUCUCUAGAUCACAAUUUGUAUCAGCAUCCAAAUGCACAAUAAUAAUUAUGUGUUGUUAUGGUGAUGUACAUCUUUUUUCUUU